CUUAAGUAGGGUUAUGUUAAUGUUUUUGUUAUGACAGUUGGUUUUCCUUGUGGUUUGAAUUAAACAUUAUUGUUAAUUUGAAAUUUAAUGCUUACUUUAAGCGCAAAGUUCAGGCAGUCGUUUCCAAUCGUACAUGCGAUGGCGAAAAGGAGAAUCAGCGACUUUGAAGGUUUCCAAAAAGUGUUAAACAAUGCUAAAAGCAUCAUCGUUCUCACAGGAGCAGGAAUAUCUUCCGAAUCCGGGAUUCCUACAUUCAGAGGUGAAGGCGGUUGGUGGAAGACUUAUAGGUCUGCAGAUUUAGCUACACCUCAGGCAUUUCAAAGUAACCCAGCCCUAGUUUGGGAGUUUUAUAAUUAUAGGAGACAUGUAGCACUUAAUACUCAUCCAAAUAAUGCACAUAAAGCAUUGUCUGAAUAUGAGAAGAAAUGCAAAAGUGAGGGACAUCACCUAGCAAUUAUUACUCAAAAUGUAGAUGGACUGCACAAAAGAGCAGGGUCAGAAAACAUCAUAGAGCUGCAUGGAAACUUAUUCAAAACUAUUUGUACAAACAGAAAAUGUAUAUUUAUUGAUGAAAAUUAUGAUGAUCCAAUUUGUAAGGCUUUUAAGCUAAUGUCUUUCAGGGAUCCAAAUGUGAAAGAUGAUAGUUUACCAGUUGUUAUGAAGGAAGAUCUCCCCAAGUGUAAAAAGUGUAACUCCCUAGUUAGGCCUUAUAUUGUUUGGUUUGGUGAAAACCUUGAUCAUGAAGUUCUAAGAAAAUCAAGAGAGUUGGUGGAAAGUUGUGAUCUGUGCUUAGUAGUAGGCACAUCUUCAGUGGUAUAUCCUGCAGCUAUGUUUGCCCCACUGGUUGCUCAAAGAGGCAUGCCUGUAGCUGAAUUCAAUAUAACAGAGGAACCAGCAGAUAAUUCUUUUGCAUUUCACUUCCCUGGAAAAUGUGGAACAACAUUACAGAAGGCUUUAGGAAUUGAACUUACUUUAUAAUGAUUGGUGUUGUGAUGGGAAACUUGUGGGCACAUGUAUAUACUUUUAGGUCUGUUAUGUGUCAAAUAUAUGUAAUAUAUAUAAUGUCAGAUAUUUUUUUCCUGUAAAAGUUAAUACAUGCUUUCAAAAAGAAAAUAAUGUAGUUAAACUUUUUAAUUUGUGAUGUAGUGUGUGUGUCUCAUAUUCAUUAUAUGUUAUGGAGGUAUAAUUUAUGUUUUUAUUUAUAUAAUGUUGCAUAAUUGCUAAAGGUAGUCAGCUGCAGUCAAAUUGAUAGAUUUCUUAUAAACAUGCUAAUAUUUGAAAUAGAGAAAUAUCAUUUUUGGAUUGUUGGCCAAGCGUUUUGGUUCCUGAACCACGUCUAUGCAUCUCCACGUUGACACAGACAAGGUUCAAGGAGUAUUCCCUCUCCAGCCACAAUAUGGUAUCUCGAAAUUAAAGCAAUAACUAACUCUAUAUCCCCAUUCUCUUUUACACAAACGGGCUGUGCUCCUCAGGGCUAUCCCCUGCGAUGCCGCCGCGCGAUGUGCCUACCAGACUUUCGAUUCCCAUCCUAACUGUAUCGAACUUUGUACAUCCAGAACUGGCCGAUAUGACCGCUCCUUUUUCCCUAGGGUGUAGAGAUUGUGGAAGAAUCUACAACAGUUCUACUAAGCUUAGGCAAAGAUCAGAUGAACAAAGUUUCUUUGGGAUCAUAGCAGCCGCGGUGCCCUGACAUUUAGGCUUCUGCCUGCGCGGUUGCUUAGGUGUAAAAGAACACCAAUUACGUUGUUUCCUGGAUUUGGUCUCCUUGAAUUCGUACAUCUAGGUACAACGUACAGUAUGUGUCAGUCGAAGGUCUGACCCCUUUUUUAUCUAUUUUUACCGAAAAUCGUAAAUUAGUAGCAGAAUAGUGUAAAAAGCACGAAGCAUGCGCGGCGUGCACAUCGCUUUGUGGUGGUGAUAAUGGCUGGGGUAAUGUGACGCCAUCACUCAGUCACACGCCAUAGUGGCCAUAGCAAGAUCCAAAUAAGAAACUUCUGAGUAGCAAAAUUUUGCCAUUUUUUAAGAGACUAUUUUUUUUCACUUUAUUUAUACUACCGUUUUAAGUGUGUCAAAAAUUAGGCAACUUCCUCAAUCCGAGCACGUAAUUUUUUUUUUUUCAAAAUUUACUCAAGACACACAAACCAAGGAAAAUAUAAUUUUUGCACUAUAGCACAAAUUUUUUCUGGUACGUUGGUACAAAUCUUGUGGUUCCAAACUAGCAUAAACGUAUUCGUAAAUUCCUACCUACCUCCAAGUUUAUAUUGAUUUAUUUGAAUGGAAAACUUGUUACGAUUCGGGAACAGCUCCCUUCCUCUAAUCUAGAUUAUAGAAGUGAUGCACAAGUGUCGGAGACGUAUACGUACACCCUUUAAAUGCAAAUUCAGUUUAUCUCGGAGACGACAAUCGAAAUUAAUUUCAGUUGCAUAUUCAUCGCAAAAAGCCACUGAAAACUUUAUGAAUGAUUCAUUGUUAUUUCGUAGAGUCUCCGCUAAACAGGAUACGAAAUAUGUAUCAUGUGACGUGUCCCGAAGGUUUUCACAAAAACUGUGAAAGAGGAUUGAUUACCUUUGUAGUUUGAAAAUGUAAUAGAAGCUUUUCAUACAUAAACGUUGCAGGCUACGAUAUGCUCCAUACAUGAAAAAUAUAUACACAUCUUUCAGUCUAAGAAGCCACGUACCAUCAUGUUAGUGAUUGCGAUGACCAGAAAUUCGUUUUGAUAUUUGGGAUUAAUUAAAUUUUGAGCGUCAUAUUUUAUCAUUUUGAUUAUUAUGUUUAUAUGUAUAUCUAACUUCUAACAUAAU